AUGGAUGAAGAAGUGAAGCAUCGAGGACAAGCGGCGUUAAACAACUGGAGGUCUGCCUCUGGAGUCCUCCGUGACAAGAAAGUACCUCUAGGGCUGAAGGGAAAGUUUCAUAGGACAGUUAUUAGACCAGUUUUGUUGCACGGAACAGAAAGAGUAAAUAUGAAAAAGACAGAGGAGAAAAGGAUGGAGGUAGCAGAAAUGAGAAUGUUGAGGUGGAUGAGUGGGGUAACAACAGAGGAUAGGAUUAGGAAUGAGUACAUAAGAGAGUCGACAAAGGUAGUAGAAAAAAAUGUAGGAAGGGAGACUGAGAUGGUAUGGACACCUACUGAGAAGGGAUGA